AUGCAUCAAAAUUCUUAUUAAAUUACAGAGGAAAUUGUAGAAACAUCUCAAGGUUAUCAAAUAAUUGGCGGUUUUUGGCAAUUAAAAAAAAUUAAAAUCAUUAUUUAGCAUAGUAGCAAGAAUGAAUUGAUUUAUUUAUAGGAUGGAGAAAUAUUAAAAAAGUAUUGAUUUUAUCUACAAAAAUUAAGAGAGAAAAAGACAGACAACCUUGAAAUAAUCAAGAAUAUCGAAAUGAUCAAAUAUGCCAAAUGGGAUGGAGAAUCUAAUAAUGACAAUAUGAAAUGUGGAAAUUGGUAGGCUUUUUGGAAAGGUAAAAAAUUGGGUGUUGGAGGAUAUUAUAAUAAAAGUAACUUGAAAACAGGGAAAUGGCUUGAGUUUUUCAAUUAAUAUUGGGAGUAAACUACUAUUUAUAUUUUAUGAGUCGAUGUUAAGUUAUUCUUAAAGGUGAAUACAAAAAUGGAAAGAAAUUCGGUAUUUGGGAAAUGUAGUAUCGACAACAACAAAGGGAAUAAUUUUAAAUAAUGUAAUUUAAGCUAAUUUACUUAAAAUAAUACAAAGAGGUUUAUGCACUUAUGACAAAGACGGACUCUAAUAAGGAAGGUCAUUUGAAGUAUCUGAAUAAUUUUGGGAGUAUUAAAUUAUAGAUUUUAAAGUCUUUGUUAAGUUUUGGAAUUUGGAGAAUAUAGAGAUGGUAAGAAGGUAGGGAAAUGGGACAUUUUAAGCAAAUAAUCGAUAAUACUGUAAUAAUUUUGUGAAAUUUUAGGGCUGGAGGAAAUUAUAAUUAGAAAGGCUUGAAAGAUGGAAGAUGGGUGGAGUUAGAAUAACAUUUUUGGAUGUAUUUUCAAUUGAGAGUUUUAGAUAAAAUUAAGUCAUUUAGAUUGGAGACUAUUAAAAUGGUAUUAAGGUUGGUUUUUGGAAGAUUUAGUUCAAAAUGACUGAACUAUUUGAUUAUCAAGAUAUGUAGAAAAUCUUCUUAAAAUAUACUAGAGGUGGAGGGUUGUACAUAAAUAAUAAAAAGACAGGAAGGUGGAAGGAAAUACAUGAUAAUUUUCAUAAGUUUAAUUUAUUGACUUAUAUUGUAGUUAAUGUUAAGUAAUUUAUGCUGGAGAAUAUUUUAAUGGGGUAAAAAUUGGAUAAUGGAAUACACAAUAUAAAGGAAUUAGAUAAGAUGAGUUUAAUAUUAUGUAAAAUAAAAUUAUCACUAUCUUAAUAGCGGAGGAGGUCUAUAUUUUAAUGGAAGAAAAAUAAAGUAAUGGGUGGAUCUACAUCCUAAUUUUGAAAAGUAUUGUAGCUCUAUUCUAUUUAAGUUAACGUUAGGUUAUUCAGACUGGCGUAUAUGAUGAAGGCUUAAAAUAAGGACAGUGGAAAAUCCUUUUCAGAACAAAUCAUUAAGAGAAUUAUUAAAAUAUGUAAACAAUAAAUCAAAAUUAAAGAGGAACAGGAUUUUAUGAAAACGGUUGUUAAAUAGGAAAGUCUUGUGAGUUGCAUUAAAUAUAUUUUAAGUAUGUAUCUCAAUUUUUAACAAAAUCUAAGUAAAUAUUAAAUUUUUUGGUCUGGCGAAUAUACAAAAGGGUAUAAAAAUGGUUGGUGGGAUAUAAUUUGGAAAAACAAAUCUAAUGAUAGUUAAGAAAAAAUUAUGUAUUUAUAAUUUAAUCAGUAUUUGUAGUGGGGGUGGUUCUUAUCUAAAUGGAAUAAAAAAUGGAUAAUGGACAGACUUGGUAGAUAAGUUUUCAAGUUAGUCUUGGCAGGAGAAAGUCAUCGUUGGAGAAUAUGUUAAUGGGGAGAAAUCAGGUGUUUUUAUAAUUUAAUAAAUAAUAUGA